AUGUUCCGUGUCAGAGCAUGGGUCCACUUGGACUGCGGUCGAAUGCUUUCUGGUGAGGAGAAGAGUCCACUAAUUCUCCUUGAGGGCUCCUCAGUACUAUACGGCUGCUCAGAGGAAAAUUCCUGAAAACUUGUCUCUCAUUACUCUUUCUUCGCUCAAGUUACGGCAUCAGAAAGCAAUACUGACUUCCAAAAAAAUCUCAUAAGCGUGGAUGGCAAGAAUGAAACCUCUCAGCAAAUGCGCAGAAGUAAGGAGUCAAGUGUAGCAGCAAACAAGUUGAAAGAUAUUCCAGAAGCACUGCAAGAGUUCAAAAACCACCUUGGGAAUGGAGCAGCAGAAAAUAUAAUGGAGAGAACACAAAUAGCAGAGAAAAAGGAGGAAAAACAAAGUAAUAAUGUAGACAGAGCAAGCCGUAAAAGGAAAUCAGAAAACAACGAUAAAUUAGCUGUGGAAGAAGAAGAAGAAACAAUGUUAGAGACUGGCAAUCAGUUAAUCCCGACACCUCUGUCUCAUAUUCCUCUGAAAACCCUAAUGGACGUAGAAAUGGAGUUGGUCUACACCGACGAGGAGGAGAUUUCCUUCGAGUUUGCCAAGCCUGUGGCACCUACAAGCACACAAUCAGCGUGUCGUGAUGCUGAAAAAGCAGAUGCUCUGAGCACACCUAAUAGCAGUGCUUUGCCCUACAUUGACGAACAGCUUCAGAUGACCCUCCGGGAAGCCAGCAAUUCCUACAGGGAGAAGAACUACGAGGCAGCAGUGGAGCAGUUCUCAACAGCACUGGAGCUUUUCAGUAAAGGUGCUGCUACAGAUGAUACCCUUGAGUCAUCUCCAGAAGAUAUUUCCAGUAUCGCCAGUUUUAUUGAGACAAAGCUUGUAACCUGCUACUUAAAACUGAGGAAGCUUGAUGAGGCUCUGAAUCAUUCACACAGGAGCAUUAUCCUGAAUCCAGCUUAUUUCCGGAACCACCUGCGCCAAGCUGCUGCGUUUCGGUGUUUGGAGAGAUACUCUGAAGCUGCAAGGAGCACCAUGAUUGCUGACUAUAUGUACUGGCUGACAGGAGGCACUGAGCAGCAUACAAGCAAGCUCAUCAAACUGUAUUGGCAGGCUAUGAUUGAAGAAGCCAUUGCUAGAGAAGUAUCUUUUUCAGUUAUGUACACACCAUGUGUGACAGAAGUCAAGGCUGACAAAAUAAACAAGAUAAAGGACUUGUUUGCUAAAAAGCACCCUGAUUACGUGGAGCACAUAUAUACAGAUCCUCACGGAUUUCACUUCUUGCCACAGACGGCUGGGUGGCCGUCCCUGCCUCCCCAGCGGUACUUACUGACUCUGGGUUUCAGAAACAAACGUAUUGGAAAAAUCUUGGAAAGGUGGUCAAGUAAAAAACUGCCGAUCUUUUCAGACCAGAAAGCACCUUUCAGUCCUCUCACGAAAGAAGAAACAAAAAGAUAUUGGGAUAACACUGGGAAAAAGAUCGUGCCGGUAAUGGAUUUUAUACGAAGCACCAAAUUAACUGACAAUCUCUGCGCGUGUUCACGUGGGAUAGAGAAGUUGCAUUACGCCAGCUUCCUCGGCCGUUUGCAGAGAGUCGAGGAACAGUCCCAAGUGAUUAAUCAAGCGAUGGCUGAGCUAGCAACCAUUCCCUACCUGCAGGACAUCAGUCAGCAGGAUGCCGAACUGCUGCAGUCGCUAAUGGCAGAUGCCAUGGACACCCUUGAAGGAAGAAGUGAUAAAGGACGUGUGUGGAAUAAAAUUCAGAAGAUUGGACUAAUUGAAGACUACUUAUACCAAGUAGAAGACAAUUACUUAAAGAACAAAAGGCUGAGAACAGCUAGGAGGGAAAAAAUGAAGAGGACUCAAAGUACACAGCAACAUUAG